UUAAAGCGAGCGCAGGUAGCGGCGGUUUGUUUAUUGCGGGAGAGAAAAAUGGAAAUGGUAGUGAGUAAACAGUGUGACGCCGUCUGGGACAGGAGGUCGAAGAGAGAAGACUGUGAUCUCACCAAACAUGACCCCGAUUUCUCCCAAUGGAAGGCUCUCGUUGGGCCUUCUGAUUGGGAAGAUCAUUCCUCGGGGAAGGAAGGAGCAGAGAGAUACAGGGUUUACAACCUCCCAUAUUGUUCUUCAUGUUCAGGUCUUUAUGAGCUUGGCAUAGCUCUACCAUGUACCCGUUCAGGGCGUGAGAUUAGCAAGCUUUACCCGGACCGUAUAAUUCCAGUUUACCUUGGACAAUCUGACGAUAUUAAGUGUAGACUACAAUGUUAUGGCCGUGAAGGUGCUCAUUUAGAGAAUGGAAACUCAAUUGGAUUAUUUUCGGAUAUAUUUUCGAGAGGCUGCUCUAUUGUGUAUAGAUGGGCUCCUAUGAAAAGUAAGAGGGAGGCUGAAAAAACAGAAGCUCGGCUGCUUGACAAAUUUGAUUAUGCAUGGAACAAAGGCAAUAAUGGCGUACGUCGCGAUAAUGAUAUUCUCGAGAAACUUGAUCGAAGCACAUCAAGCAAUACCCAAAUGCUCGCUAUUGCCAAGAAGCUCCAGAAUUUCCAUCAGAAGAAAAUAGGUAUCAAAAUUGACGCUUGCAAGCCACUUCUGUUGCAGAAUGGAUCCAACAUAUAUACUAAUCUGGACAGCAAUGAUUUCCCUUCUCGAAUUCUCAAAAUUGGUAGAUCACAGCCUAGACUAGUUUCACUGAGCUUUGGUUUCAACGAGGACACCUCUCAUAUUUGUGGGGUUGCCUUAAGUCAUGGAUCUGUUUGUAGAAGGCCACCAGUUGAAGGAAGAAAAAGAUGUGUUGAGCACAGAGGAAUUAAAACCAAUGGUUUAACCUCAAAAUUGAUUACUGAGGGCUCAUUUUCUAUUUGUGGAAUUACCUUGAAUGAUGGAACUCCGUGUAGAAGACAAUCAGUCCAUGGAAGGAAAAGAUGUGAAGAGCACAAAGGAAGAAAGAUUAAAGGAUCAUCCCUUUCUGAGUCAGUAACAGAAGGGAAACAACGCUAUGUACAUGGUCCAGUUUUGGGUCCAGGUAAUGAUUAUGGGCAGAUUUCCUCGGAAUCCCGUAAAUUCCAUAUACCAGAAUCUCCAGUUCUCUCAAAGAGGUCUGUUAUUAACAAGAAUUUGGACACCAUUUGUGGGGUGAAUUUUCAAGAUGGAACCUUCUGCACAAGGAAACCUGUGGUUGGAAGAAAGAGGUGCGAGGAACACAAAUGGAUGAGGGUUGACGGAUCCAGGUCUAAGCUACCGGUUGCAAAUCUACCCAGUGUGUUUGAUAGUUCAGGUAUCAGUUCUAGUAGUGGUCAGAAACAUUACAACAACUCUUAUCAAUCAGUCUCAUACAAAUGCGUUGUCAAUGAAAGUUUUUCUUCUACUUGUGGAGCUACCUUGGCUGAUGGAUCCUCUUGUAGAAGGCCACCGACUGAAGGUAGAAAAAGGUGUUGGCAGCACAAGGGCAUGAGGGAAAAUAGUGCAAGUUCUUAUAAUUUCACCUCUAUGUAUGGAGGGUUUUCAUCAGAUAUAUGUGGUGCUUCCUUGCGAAAUGGAUCCAUAUGUUCUAGAAUGCCAGUCCACGGAAGGAAGAGGUGUGAGCAGCAUAAGGGGAUGAGAGCCGCCUUCUGAGAGGAACAUUCUGGAAUUAGAGUCUUCCAAGAAGAACAAGCUAUCUGUGUAUUCCUAAUAAAUAAAAUCCUAGCUUGUUUUUCCUUUGGAAGAUGGCAAUUACUCAUCUAUUUUCUAGCUUGCUGUUGUGUGUAGGUUUCUUCAUGCCCAUUAAAUAGUGAAGGGCAUUUCUAGAUUGCUGUUGAUUGGAGUAGCUUGGUUUGCAUGCAUGUAAAUGUUACUUUGUAUUAUGAGAUGUUAUCUUGUUGAAUGCAUUAACUGAGGAUCCUUUGGACCACAUUCAUUC